AUGGAGAAAGCUAAAGAAAACAUAAGAACUUCAAAUGUAGAGAAUGAAAAUGUGGAACUGAAUUUAGGGUUUUCAUUGAAUAGUGGAUUGCAAGGAAGUGUUGCUUCAAGUGUAGCUGAGGUUGAAACCCAACAACCACCUACUCAAGGAAAUUAUAUUGCUAAAGGGAAGAUAAAAAACUUCAUGCUCAACCAUAUGACUUUUGUUUCCACAAGAGGUAAAAGACCAAAUGGAAAGAAGACUGAAGGACUGUUAUACGCGUGUAACAAGAAAGAUGAAAUGGAGAUAGUUUGUCUUUGUCAUGGUGAUCUUCUAAAUGCAGUUGAAUUUGUCGAACACACUGGUGGAGGUUUGUAG